UCUUAAAACCGCGUCAUUAGGCAAACUUUACAUGCUACUUGCUCCAUGUGACUCGUCUCAUCUUCUUCUUCUUCUUCUACUUUCUCAUUUAUGUCGUCUCCUACUUUCCUUUCACCAUUUACGUAACAACUAUAUAAAUCCAUUAUUUCACUGAUUCCACACACUCUCUCUCUCUCUCUCUCUUUCUCUCUUUCUCUCUUUCUCACUCUUUCUUUCAAGAAGAUUUGGAUCCAACAUAUAUAUCCCAAUUAAGCUCUAGAUCCUGUCAAGUGUUUUUAUAUACUAGAUUUCAUAAAAAUGGCUCCACUAAUCAUGUACUUCAGUUUAAGAAAGGUACUUCUGCUUUAUCUUGUUUUCUUUCUGUUCAGUUCUGUUCUUCUGUCUGCUUCUUCUUCUUCUUCUUCAGAUAGUUCAGUUCUUGAAAGCAAACAGUUCUUUGGUAGAAGGAGAAUGUUAGAGGUGGAAAAUGAUCAGGAGCAAGAUCAGCUAUCACCUAAGAAAAAGAUUGCAAAUUUAUCUACCAAGAACCAAACCAAGCUUAUCAAAUCCAGCCUUUCCACAAAGAACCAAACCAUUUCCAAGCUUACAAAACCUACAAAUUCAACAAAAUCAUCAACUACCUUAUCCAAGAAUGAGCUUAAGAAGCUUAAUUCAACUUCUCAGCUCAAAAAGCUCAACUCCAUUUCUCAACUAAAGAAGCUCAAUUCCACAUCAAAGUCCUACAAUUCUACCAAACCCACUUCCUCUUUUACUAAGAAAACCUCAGAUCUACUCAAACUGGGCUCACCCAAGAACAAAACAACCAAACCCACUUCCAGUAAAGAUACCCAAAUCCUUGCAGACAAGAAAAAUAGUGACUCUGAAUCCCAGAAACAAACCAAGAACCAAAAAACCAAUGAGAGAAAAGCCAGCACAAAAAAGACAACAACACAGUCACAAAAACAACCAAGUUGGCUUGAUCAAGAAAUGGAGGAUGAUUUAGUUGCUGAAUUCAGAGAUCUACCAUCCAAAUUCCAACAAACCCUUUUGCCUGAUCUUGAAAGAAUCUCAAUAACUUCCAAGAAGUACCUUACAAAAGCCAAUAAAGAAAUGACCAAAGGGUUUAAGCCAAUAGUGGGUAACAAAUAUGCCUCCGCUACUGCUACUGUUGUCUCUUUUGCUUUCAUUACUAUACCUCUACUUCUUGUUUCUUUAGUCUUUAACCGUAUCAAAGCCUAUUUCUCUAUCCAAAAGAUUGUGAUUUUUAUUCAAGUUUACCUCUCAAUCUAUUUCUCUAUUCUUUGUCUCUCAUCUUUAGUUACUGGCCUUGAGCCUUUGAGGUUUUUCUAUGCUACUUCAGAAUCUACGUACGUCUGCUUAAUGGUGCUGCAAACCCUUGGCUAUGUCUUGUAUCUCUUGUUGCUUUUGAUGUACCUGAUUCUUGUGUUUUCCACUGAGUCUGGGCUCGGAUCGAGGCUAUUGGGCCUGGGCCAGAUUUUUGUGGGCUUUGCCAUUGGGCUACAUUUCUACGUGUCGGUGUUUCAUAGGGUGGUGUUGCAUCAACCACCUAAGACCAAUUGGAAGGUUCAUGCGAUUUAUGCCACGUGUUUCUUCGUGAUUUGUUUGCUUGCUAAAUUCGAUAGGAGAAAGAAGGCGUACUUGGAAGAUGGUGGCGAAGAAGGCAAGAAAAAUUAGCCUAUUUAUUUAAUUUUUUGUUUUAGUCAAAGCAAUGUAAUAAAUCCCAAUUUUACCUUUUUGUUUUUAUAAAUCUUCAUGGGGUUACUAUUUAUAAAUAAUGCCAUUGGCCAAGGAACCAUGGUGUUAUUUUAGAAUUAAGGAAAAUAGAGUAGAAAAAUUUUCUAGUGUAUUCAAUUUCAUAUAAUCUUUGUAUGUCAUCAAGAUUCUAAAUAAGAGCAAUUGGAAGAAAAGAAAAUGCAAACUACUAUUACCUUUUUA